AUGCGUUAUUAUCAAACCAAAAAAAAAAAAAGAAAGAGAACAAAGUUCACUCACUUAAAGUUCUUCGAUACAUUACAUUAUAAUCAGUAGCCAGUUAGCCACACUCUUGAAACAUCUAUCCUGGAGUUGUGUUCGGAGAGAAAGAAACAAAAAAAAUGGCAUCUCUCAUUGAUUCCAGAAGCGGUUUCUGCAAAUCAAACUCUACAUUCUAUAGCAAACGCAACCCAUUGCCUCUCCCCGCGAAUCCUUCCCUUGAUAUCACCACUUUCAUCUCCUCUCAGCCUCACCGCGGCACCACCGCCUUCAUCGACGCCGCCACUGGCCACCAUUUAACCUUCUCCGCCCUCUGGACAGCCGUGGAACGCGUCGCGGACUGUCUCCACCAUGACAUCGGGUUACGUAGAGGCCACGUCGUCCUCAUCCUCUCUCCCAACUCUAUCUACUUCCCCGUCGUCUCCCUCGCAGUAAUGUCUCUCGGCGCCGUCGUCACAACCGCGAACACUCUCAACACCGCCGCUGAGAUAUUAAAACAGGUCGCCGACAGCAACCCGACGCUCGCCUUCACGACCGCCGACCUGGCUCCCAAACUCGCCGGUUCCGGCAUCUCCGUCGUACUGGAGCGCGUGGGGUCUACUCGCGGCGUCAACGUCGUCGGUGUCGUGUCUGAGAUGAUGGAGAAGGAACCGAGGGGGCAGCGAGUGAGAGACCGAGUCAACGAGGAGGACACGGCGAUGCUGCUUUACUCGUCGGGCACAACAGGACCGAGCAAAGGAGUGAUCUCGUCUCACAAGAACUUAACAGCUCUCGUGGCGAGGUUCGUGUCGGAGAAAUCGAUAUGUGACCAGAUUUUCCUCUGCACCGUUCCGAUGUUCCACACGUACGGACUACUGUGUUUCUGCAUGAGCACCGUAGCGUCGGGUUCGACGGUGGUGAUCCUCCGGAGAUUCGACCUCCACGGUAUGAUGGAAGCGGUUGAGAAGUACAGAGCCACGACUCUGGCUUUGGCGCCGCCUGUUGUGGUGGCUAUGACUAAAGAAGCGGAUGUGAUCAUGGGCAAGUACGACCUGAGCUCACUUGGAAGGGUGAGAUGCGGUGGAGCGCCGUUGAGUAAGGAGGUGACGUUGGGGUUCAUGGAGAAAUAUCCAACGGUUGAUAUUUUUGCUGGAUACGCUUUGACGGAAUCGAAUGGUGCAGGAGCCUACGUUGAUUCGGUGGAGGAGAGCCGAAGAUACGGUUCCGUGGGGUUGUUAUCGUCCGGUGUGGAGGCGAGGAUCGUGGAUCCGGAUACGGGUCGGCUCAUGGGUGUGAACCAAACGGGCGAGCUCUGGCUUAAAGGCCCUUCUAUUGCUAAAGAUCCGUCUCCUCUGAGAUCUCUCACCGACUCCAGAAGUGGUUUCUGCAAAGCAAACUCUACAUUCUACACCAAACGCAACCCAUUGGGCCUCCCACCGAAUCCAUCACUCGACGUCACAACUUUCAUCUCCUCUCAGCCCCACCGCGGCACCACCGCCUUCAUCGACGCCGCCACUGGCCACAGCUUGAGCUUCUCCGAUCUCUGGAGAGCCGUGGAUCGCGUCGCCGAGUGUCUCCACCAUGACGUCGGAAUACGGAGAGGCGACGUCGUCCUCAUUCUCUCUCCCAACUCCAUCUACAUUCCGAUCGUCUGCCUCUCCGUCAUGUCUCUCGGCGCCGUCGUCACCACCGCGAACACUCUCAACACUUCCGGGGAGAUCUCAAGACAAAUCGCCGACAGCAACCCGACGCUCGCCUUCACGACGGUCCAGCUGGCAACAAAACUCCCCGCCGGUAUCUCCAUCGUUCUCACCGAGGAUGAGCGCGUGGAGCCGACUCGCGGAAUCGUCGGUGUCGUGUGUGAGAUGAUGAAGAAGGAGCCGAGAGGGGAGCGGGUCAGAGACCGAGUCCACCAGGACGACACGGCGGUGAUGCUUUACUCGUCGGGCACAACAGGACCGAGCAAAGGAGUGAUCUCGUCUCACAAGAACUUAACUGCUUACGUGGCUAGAAUGCUCACGGAGAAGUCAAUGCACGGGACAUUCAUCUGCACCGUCCCCAUGUUCCACACAUACGGACUAUUAACAUUCGCUAUGGCCACCGUAGCUAUCGGUUCCACGGUGGUCAUCCUCCCUAGAUUCGAGCUCAACGACAUGAUGGCAGCGGUGGAGAAAUACAGAGCCACGACUCUCACCUUGGUACCGCCAGUUUUGGUGGCUAUGGUCAACGAGGCUGAUUCUAUGAAGGCCAAGUACGAUCUUAGCUCUCUUAAAACAGUGAGGUGUGGAGGAGCGCCGUUGAGCAAAGAGGCAACGGAGGGUUUUUUAGAGAAAUAUCCAACGGUCCAUAUAUUUCAAGCGUAUGCUUUGACGGAGUCAAACGGUGGAGGGGCUUUCAUCGAUACCGUGGAGGACAGCCGGAGAUUCGGCACGUCGGGGCCAUUGACGUGUGAUGUGGAGGCGAGGAUCGUGGAUCCGGAUACGGGUCGGUUUUUGGGAAUUAACCAAACGGGUGAGCUCUGGCUCAAGGGCCCGACUAUUGCAAAAGGUUAUUUUAAAAAUGAAGAAGCUACGAAUGAAACCAUCAACUCCGAAGGAUGGCUAAAAACAGGAGAUCUUUGCUUUAUCGAUGAAGAUGGAUUUGUUUUCGUGGUGGAUCGACUGAAAGAACUAAUCAAAUAUAAAGGCUAUCAGGUGCCUCCAGCUGAACUCGAAGCUCUCCUAAUCACUCAUCCAGACAUUCUCGAUGCCGCCGUUAUUCCGUUUCCGGAUAAAGAAGCAGGACAAUAUCCAAUGGCUUACGUGACAAGAAAGGUUGAGAGCAUCCUCUCUGAGAAACAAGUUAUUGAGUUCAUCUCUAAACAGGUGGCACCGUAUAAAAAAAUAAGGAAGGUCGCAUUUAUAAACUCCAUACCAAAGACUGCAUCCGGGAAAACACUUCGCAAGGAUCUAAUCAAACUAGCCACUUCUAAACUUUGAAAUGACCUAAUUACUAGAUUCUCGCUUUUACUUAUUGUGUUAAAUCUUUAAUAAGUGAGAAGUUUUAAUAGUGUUGAAUAAUUGAAAAGAAGACUCAUAAAAAUGUCGAGUCAAUUUACUGAUGGGUGUUUUUUUUGGUCUACCUUGUCAUGAUUCUAUACUUGAAAUAUUCACAGAUAAAAAGAUGACGCAACAGAGCCUUCAGCACAUCUUUAGGUUUAGCCAUUUUGGCAUA